AUGGAUCUACGAAAUACCUCUUGGCGUUUUGCGUUAUAUUCAAUAUGGCUUAUUUCUCAGGUUUACUCAGGAUUUGAAUUGGAAGAUACAGGGAAGCAGGGAGAGCCUGACAUGUACAGAAAGAUUCGUAGGGUGAAAAGGAUCAGUGAAAAAGCACCUGGAGCUCAAGUGGCAAUUAAAGGCUCACAUCCAUGGAUAGCAGGGUUAUGGGGAGAUCUACCUGACGACCAGCCAACCUUAUGUGGUGGCGUCAUACUUAACAGCUGUUAUAUCUUAGCAGCUGCGCAUUGUCUACAGCUAGUCACUGGACAAAAAUGUAGCGGGAAGUUGACAAGGAUAACACUGGGGGCCAGACAUAUAAUGGAUCUUGUCCCUGGAUUCGCUCGACAACCAGAUGUUGAAGCAAUAAAGAAGGGAAAAUGGCGGGCCACGUGUCAUCCAUUCUCAAAGUUUUCCGAUGUACUUGGGAAUGAAACUUCUGUUGACAUCGCCCUUAUUAAGUUGGAUAAAUGCAUAUCAUAUUUCACAGAGAAUGUCAUAGACAGAAUAUGUUUACCAAAGACACCAGUUGAUGAUCUUCGCCAGUUAGAAGGAAAUACGAUGACGUGUUUUGGAUGGGGAACUAUUACGGAAACUAACGAACUGCCCAUGACACUUCAACAAGCGACACCUUCUAUUGUUGAUAGAAAUAUCUGCUCCGAUGUGAUUGGAAUACAAGGUGGUUUCAAGCUCCCCAAUGUUGGCGUAUGUUCUGUCCCAAACUUUGGAGGCAGCGGAGAUUCAGGUAGUCCUUGUGUGACAAAGGACGGCAACAAUGCGGAUUGUCUAGUUGGGAUCAUAUCAGGACGCCGGUUCUCAGCUACGGUGACAGCGUCUCUUCGACACCCAACGGUACUCAACUGGGUCAAGGAAACUGUCAGAUCUGCGCCAUGUCCAGAGUCAUGUACCCAUCGAGACAUAUGUGAAUGUGGCAGUCUGCCAGUUGCGGAUGAUGAUGAUGUAAAGUGCCCACAGCUUGACCCAAUUAUAGACGCCCCGUCAAAUGGCACCCUGAAGGUAGUUUCGAAUACGCCUGGGUCGCUAGCUCUGUACGAUUGUAUAAAUGGCCGACAGUUGCUAGGGCCAAUAGUGAGGGCAUGUCUGCCAGAUGGAAAGUGGAACGACGAACCACCAACUUGCAAAGCAGGACUUUGUGUGAAGGGAGACCCCCAUGUGAAACACUUCCUGUCCGCGCAUGGCGUCAGGCUAUGUUAUUCAUUGACAGGGAAACCUCACGAGGUUCUUACGUUCUUUUCCAACGAAGACAAAGGUAUUCUUAUCAAUGGCCAAUACGGUCCCCCUAGUAAAACGGAUAUCGAGGUAGCCAAGAACAUCAGACACUUAGGGGUGAAAGCUGGAGAUACAACUAUUGAAUUUACUAAGAAAUACAUCAGAGUAAACAAUGGACGAUUCAGACCAUGGUUGAUGCAAAACGUAGAAUAUGCUGGCGUUAAGCUCGAGAUAAAUGAAGAUACCAUGACUGGGAAGGUGACAAUACUAGAAGAAGAAAUGACUAUGACAAUUGCUAGGAAGAAUGCACGCGUAGAUUUCUGUUUAUUUCCACAUUAUUUUCCGCAAAUAGGGAAAGGAAUCUUAGGAGUUGUCGACAGCCACAAUAAGUCAGAUAUCAACUUUGGAACGAUGAAACCUGGGAAGACGGUUGCUACAAUGUACAUUAAAGGCAGGACUGUCAAGAUCAAAUCGCGCAUGACUAAGAACAACCUACCGUGUUGGAGUCUGAGGGGAGGCGAUCCGCUGGAACAACUAAUAGGGAAUAAUAUUGAAGAUUUUAGAUCCAAUUGUCUGUUCUGUUAUCCAGGACAAUAAUCAGCAACAUAUCUAUACAAUUUAGAUGUGCGGUAUUCUACCAUUAAGUUGAUAAAUGUGUGGUUUAAUUUAUUGAUAAUCAUCAAAUGAUAUACAUGUGAUGUAUAGCAUUUACCCUGAAAAUUAGUGAAUUAUGUAAAUAUUCAUAUUUACAUUUUGCGAUUUAAAAACAUUAAGUUUUUCACGAACGAAAUAUAUUUUAAUUACAAUAAUAUAUUCCUCUUUCAAUAAUAUAUUCUUCAGUCUAUUCCUCCUAUCGACAUGGGACAUCGAUUAUUGUGUUAACACUGCCAACUACAUUAACGUAAGGAUCACAAUGUAUAAAAAC